CACACACUCUUCAUUGCACAACCACCCAACAUCUUCAAUCUCUCCUAUAAAGAAGAAGCAUUCUAUAUUUUCCUGGGAUUUUCAGCUACUACUGAGUAAUAUACAGUAAAUGCAAGUCGGAAAGGUGAUCAAUCAAAUGGUUAGCCCAAAAGAACAAGCGAUUAUGUUGCUAUUAAUGGUGAUAUCAUUGGCAAUAUUAGCAGUACCUGCUGCAACUGAGUGCACAACUGUGACAGGACUAGCCUCAUCUUGCUCUACUUUCAUCACUUACGGUUCUCCAGACCCAUUUCCUGGAUCGCCAUGUUGCGAUGCCAUGAUGAGCCUGAACGUGAUUACUGACUCUACUGAUAAUCGAAGAUUGAUUUGUCGGUGCAUGAUGGGCCUCAUUACCACCUACAAUCCAAAUGCCACAGCUAUUGCCACUUUGUCUGGCUCUUGCGGAGUCUCUCUGGGCUUCACAAUCGAUCCAAAUACCGAUUGCAGCUCCAUACCUUGAUUUGUGGUUAUAAAAAACGAAGUGGUGAGGAUCGAAGAAUAUACUGAAGAUACCAAAUAAGGAAUGUCGUCUUCAGCUGCAUAGAAAGAAUAGAGAGGAAGGAUUACUCAUUUUACAUAUACCUAGUACAUGCUUGUAUAAAUGGCCAAUUUGAUAUGGUCAUCUUAUGUAACCCUUAUGGCUUUAAUUGAAAAAUUAUAUUUA